CGCGAGUGCUUUAGCGGGUAUUCCAAUAUGGCGGCGUUGUGUAGUUGGUAAGGUAGUACAGAAAGCCCCUUUCAGAUAAAAAAGUACGUAAAGCCUUUUUUACUCAUGUUAUUAGAAAUUUCAGAUAUUUCUUUUCGUAUCAAGUCAUUCAUAUCCCUCUGACUAAGUGUUAUAGGUUGAAGUAUCUCCGUGUCUAAACUGCUCCAAGAUUUUGUGUGUUGUAAACAUUGUGAGUGGUGUUUUUGCAAGGCUGUGAUCUGCGAGAAACAACCUGGGUUGAAGACAAAUAUCGUGGAAAGUCGUCUCUUUGAUUCUCUGAAUACAUUCUUAACUAGUAUCGCGAAGUUGUCGACUUGGCAGAUACGACGGAAAGGAGGACAUCUCUGGAGGACUCUCUGAGACUGAAUGGAGGGCCCUGCAGGGCGAUGAACGGGCUGAUCUCUUUCACCCGAGCCCAGGAGGAGGGAGUGGGCUGGCUGGGGGUCAGGGAGGGUUCUGGGGGGGCGGGGAGCCAAAAAGAGGGGGCGCUGAGCGGAGCAGAGGCCCGACUUUUCUACGAGAGUCUUCUGGAAAGUGGCGAAAGAGAGAGCGGAGACGAGAGCAGGAGGGGCGCCCAGAAGGAGAGGCGUCAGGACAGAGGGAGAGAGGGGCGCAGGCCGCCCCCUCGCGCCGCAGCAGCCCCGGCGGCUUUCCGGACGUCGGAGAGGGACGGACACCGGCUGCUGAAGUGCGCGCAAGACGGGGACCUGCCUGGCCUGCAGGAGCUGCUGGAGAAGCGCGGCUGUGACAUCAACUUCCAGGACAGCUACUACUGGACCGCCAUCAUGUGUGCCGCCUACGCCGGACAGCGGGGCUCAGUGCGGUACCUCCUCCAGCAGGGGGCAGCCUGGGUGGGCGUCGUGGACACGCAGGGCCGUGAUGCCAAGGACUUGGCGGAAGAGGCUGGGCAUGGCGAGGUGGUGAGGGAGCUGGAAGAGUACCGGGCACAGCCAGAGCCUCCGGCACACCCACAGAGCCCGCCAGCCUCGGAGCCGCUGUGGUGCGCGGUGUGUCAGAGCCAGUACCACGAGGGGGAGGAGACGCACUGCAGCUCCACCCUGCACCAGUUCAGCCUGCGCCGACCCCCCCCCACCCCUCACUACUGCCUGCCCCCCAGCAGCGUGGGCUUCCGGCUCAUGGUGCGCGAGGGCUGGGACCCCAGGUCGGGGCUGGGGCCGCAGGGCGUGGGGCGCAAAGAUCCCAUCAGCACGGUGCUGAAGAGAGAUCACGGCGGGCUGGGCUACGGCCCGGCGCCAACGCCUAGGGUCACGCACUUCAGGCCACACGACAAGCAAGCCGUGCAGAGGCCCCCUGCCGCUCGCGUGGAGAGAGGAGCCACGCUGACGCGGAGGGCACAGAGGAGACGAGAGGAGAGGGAGAGGGCCUGGGAGCGCAACCUGCGCACGUACAUCAGUCUUUGAGCUCGCGGCAGCCCCGGCGCUCCACAGUGUCUGCCUACAGAGCUCUGAGAACAGUGGACAGUAACGUCAGCUCUGCUGCACAGGCUCUGAGGUCCCAUGCCUUUCCACUGUCUGUAUCAAAUAAGAAUUAAGAAUUGAAUCUGGCUAUUUUAAUAUUGUUUUGAAUUUAGACUUGCCGUUUUUCCCAACAUAAGAAAGGUUACAAAUGAGAGGCGGCCUUUCAGCCCCUCAAACUCCUUUAAUUGGAGUUUAAAGGAGCCAUAUCACCCUGCAACUCACAGGUGUGUUAUGAGCGUUCUGGCGCACUAUGGCUGCCGUCGCAUCAUCCAGG